CUCGCUUGUUUCCACCUUGGACCCUCUCUCUCUCAGCGAGUCCAGCAGCUUUUGCCCCUAGCAACCCCACCCUGUGCCGUGCUCUGCUCUGGGAGCCAGCCUGCUCGGGGAAGGACCUCCAUCUCGACGUCAAACAAACUGUCCAUACGUCCCCCCCACCAACCUCCCCCUCGUCUGCCGUUCUCCUCUUCCCCCCCAGGCAACCACUCCGGCAUCUACCUCAGAAAAAGAUAGACGAGAAAAGGAUCAGCAAGAUGGCUCCUACCAACAACGGAAAGACCGCCGGCAAGCCCGCCGAUGUCAAGGCCAAGGCCGCCAAGAAGGCCGCCUUGAAGGGUACCAACUCGACCUCGGUCCGCAAGGUCCGAACCUCGGUCUCGUUCCACCGACCCAAGACCCUCGCCCUGGCCCGAUCCCCCCGAUACCCGCGUAAAUCGGUCAACCACUUGCCGAGGAUGGACCAGUUCAGGACCAUCCAGCACCCCUUGAACACCGAGACCGCCAUGAAGAAGAUCGAGGAGAACAACACGUUGGUGUUCAUCGUCGACUUGAAGAGCAACAAGAGGCAGAUCAAGGAGGCCGUCAAGAAGUUGUACGACGUCGAGGCUUUGAAGAUUAGGACUUUGAUCCGACCUGACGGAAAGAAGAAGGCCUACGUCCGACUCACUGCCGACCACGACGCUCUCGACGUUGCCAACAAGAUCGGAUUCAUCUAAACGAUUCUGAUCAUUGUAGGCAUGGGUGCCUGUUGGGAGAAAUACGGGGGGGAUCUUUUGUUGUCACCUCGCGUGUCGCCCGAUGGGGGGUUUUGUAGAUGAAUGAAUACGUUCACUCAUUGACACCAUUAGGACCAGCACGACCCGAAAUAUCAGCGGUUGAAGGCUUGUUUGUGCGCGAUUGAGUGAGGCUCCAUGAUCGCGCGUGCUACGUUUUGGUGCAAUCGGUGCAAGAAUCGUUCUAGUGUUCUGAGUACGAUGAACCGCAAUGAGCUCCUAACACUGUAUAUGACCUUUAGAUUUGACGUGAUCAAGCUGGCUUGUGAUUCAUGAUUUCAUUAAGGGGCUUCAAACCUCACUCGCGCGUUCCGCGGUGCGAAGUGAUCGCGACGCCCUAAAAAGUCCCGGACUUUGAGUCCCCUUUGCGACUUUUCACG